UCAUAUAAAAUGAAUAAUAAAAUAAAAGCAAAAUAAUAAUAAAACGACUAUUAUAGUAUUAUAAGUGUACGUACCAAAAGUAAGAUUAUUUUUAUCGAUUAACUUCUCGGAACAAUAUUCUUAUCUUCACGACGGACAAAAGGGAUAGGUCACAGGUAGCCGAAACCCGGUCGUCGCCAAGCCGCACAAUACGUAGUAUUUCGUACUGACGGUAAAUAAUUAUUAUAAAUAAAUUCAUUUAAACUCAACAUUUUUUUUUUUUUAAUCCUUUCUUAUUUAUUUUACGGUAUGUUUGACAGUGGUUAGAGCUUCGUUUUCGUUACCGCAAAUAACGCCGCGGUCGAUACCAAGGUCGGUCGUCCAAUAGGGAUAUUAUGUCGUAGACCGUGUUCUAUGAUUGUAGAAAUAUCGGUCGCACAACUCCUCUCAUAUUAAAUAUUUAAAUCGCUUUAAACCACAGUUGUAGGUAUACGACCGUGCAGCUGAUGACGUGACCGAUUUUUUUCCCGUUCCGUUUCCGAUAACAAAACGCGAGACUAACUAUAUUUUAAUCGUAGUGAUGGUUAAAAUCGAAAACGAAGUCGUGUCGUUAAAUGGUCAGAAACUACGAGUCGCGACUUAUGAGUAAUAUUAUUACAACAAUAAUAGGCACGUCGCCGACCCGCCGUCCGUGGCCCAUCCCGUCCCGUGAAACGCGUUCAGACGUCCUUGAGUCGGCCUUAUGACGUAGUCGCACAACAAUUUGUGAUAACCCGAUGGCACGUCCCGAUAACAAUGACGCAUGCGUUCAACUCGUCUUGUAGGUAUAAUAUUCUACUACCGUUGUGCAAACUGUUGAAUGUUUUUAAUUUUUCUCCGAACAGUUGAACGGUUCGUACCGUUCAGAGUCUCAUACUCGCUUGGCGUUUGUCGUCGAUCGUCGCGCGCGUGCUAGAGCUGCCACCUGUUUGGGAAAAAGCCGGACCGUUGCUGGUUUGUCUCAUUUGUGCAUUGUGCAGCUGUACUGUUGGACGACGACGGUCGUCGUUUACAAUUUGCUCGUUACCGUUGAAGCCGAAGAGUGUCGCGCCAUUCCCUUCGACGUCACACGUGUCGUAUUUUGGUAGACACGUUUAAAGCGACCGCCCGCCGCCACUAUUAAUUAAACCGUUUUCCAAUAUGGCUUCAACAAACUCGAGCAAACUCGGUAGAGAAUGGGAUCUUUCGGCGUACGAAUUGCAGAGAACUCCCCAUGAAGUUAUUACAGAUGAUACAGAAAUUGCUGUACCCUUGCGGAGUCUGGAAAGAGAAGUGAUGUGUCCGAUUUGUUUAGAUUUGUUGAACAAGACGGUGGCAACCAAAUGUCUCCAUAGAUUUUGUUCUGAAUGUAUUACAACUGCACUUCGUUCUGGCAAUAAAGAAUGUCCUACUUGUCGUCAAAAAAUAAAAUCGAAACGAUGUGUUCGACGUGACCCAGGUUUUGAUGAUUUAAUAACUUCAUUUUAUCCAAAUCGUGAAGAAUACUAUGCUUAUCAAAGAAAUUUUAUCGAGAAAAUCAAAAAGAAUCAAAGUCAAGAUAAUCUGAUACAGUCUAUAAAUGAAGGAUUAAAAAUGCAACAAAAAAAGCGUUCAUACCAGACUAAAAAGAAACGAAGCUUACAGCAAACUGAAAGCAACUCAUCAAAUACUUUGACACCAUCAACAUCAAGUAAGAUGAAUGUCAAAUCGACAGAAUCAACAGUACAAGCAAAUGAAAUAAAAAAAAAGUUGAAAAUACUUAAUUCAUCAUCUUCAAUCCCCAAUAUUAUUGAACGUAGUGAUGCGUCUGUUGGUGUGUCAUUAAGUGAUCUGGAAUUGGUGCUAAAACCUCAUCCUAAGAAAAUGUUGAAUAAUAAUGGACUAGGAAAUAAAUCAAGCCAAACCGAUCUACGUUAUCUAAAAGUACCACCUUCUACAACUGUUAAACACUUGAGUAGUUAUUUAACUAUGCGGUUCAAUUUAGACCACGAUGAAGACUUUGGAAAUAAUCAAAUGAAGGUUUUAUUCUACAUUUUAUAUGAUGCUGAUCAAUUGGUACUCCUUAAUGACAAUAUGACAUUUCAAAAUGUUCAAAAGACAUUUUGGAAUUUCAAGAAAGAAAAACCUAUAGAAAUCUUUUAUUCCUAUAAUUAAAUUUAUAUUAGUUAUAAAUAUACAAUAUUUAUAAACCAUAAUUAAACUUUAUUAUUUGUAGUUAUUUGGGUUGAAUAACUUGUUAGUUGUGUUGAAUUUUAAAG